UUCCCCGCUCGGCGGCUCCAUGCGAGCGGCCCGGCGCUAGCGCGGGGCAGCGGCGCUGCCCAGGAUGAGUGAGCUGGAGGGGGACUUCGCCGCGCUGCUGCUGCUCAAGGAGGAGCGCAUCAGGGAGCUGGAGCGGCGCCUCGGCGAGAAGGACGACGAGAUCCAGGAGCUGCGCCGGCGGCUGCACAAGUGCCAGUCGGUACUGCCCGCGCCCAGCCCGCACAUCGGGCCCCGCACCACCCGGGCGCAGGGCAUCUCGGCCGAGCCGCAGACCUACCGCUCCUUCCACGACCUACGCCAGGCGUUCCGCAAGUUCACCAAGGCCGAGAGGUCCAAGGAGCUAAUAAAGGAAGCAAUCCUUGACAAUGACUUCAUGAAGAAUUUGGAACUGUCGCAGAUCCAGGAGAUUGUGGAUUGUAUGUAUCCUGUGGAGUAUGGCAAAGACAGCUGCAUCAUCAAGGAGGGAGAUGUGGGUUCCCUGGUGUAUGUCAUGGAAGAUGGGAAGGUUGAAGUGACAAAAGAAGGCGUGAAGCUGUGCACCAUGGGACCUGGCAAGGUAUUUGGGGAGUUAGCCAUUCUCUACAAUUGCACCCGGACAGCAACUGUCAAAACUCUCGUAAAUGUGAAACUUUGGGCUAUUGAUCGGCAAUGUUUUCAAACAAUAAUGAUGAGGACAGGCCUCAUCAAGCAUACUGAGUAUAUGGAAUUUUUAAAAAGCGUUCCCACAUUCCAGAGCCUUCCUGAGGAGAUACUUAGUAAGCUUGCAGAUGUCCUUGAAGAGACACACUAUGAAAGCGGAGAAUAUAUUAUCCGACAAGGUGCUCGAGGGGACACUUUUUUUAUAAUCAGCAAAGGAAAGGUGAACGUUACUCGUGAAGACUCCCCCAGUGAAGAUCCAGUCUUUCUCCGUACUUUAGGGAAAGGAGAUUGGUUUGGAGAAAAAGCACUUCAAGGGGAGGAUGUCAGAACUGCCAAUGUCAUUGCAGCUGAAGCAGUAACUUGUCUGGUCAUAGACAGAGACUCCUUCAAACAUCUGAUUGGUGGCCUAGAUGAUGUUUCGAACAAAGCUUAUGAAGAUGCAGAAGCAAAAGCAAAAUAUGAAGCUGAAGCUGCCUUCUUCGCUAACCUGAAACUGUCUGAUUUCAACAUCAUUGACACCCUUGGAGUCGGAGGGUUUGGACGAGUUGAGCUGGUCCAGUUGAAAAGUGAAGAGUCAAAAACGUUUGCGAUGAAAAUCCUGAAGAAACGUCACAUAGUGGACACAAGACAGCAGGAGCACAUCCGCUCGGAGAAGCAGAUCAUGCAGAGCGCUCACUCGGACUUCAUUGUAAGGCUCUACAGGACAUUCAAGGACAGCAAGUACCUGUACAUGCUGAUGGAAGCUUGUCUAGGUGGAGAGCUGUGGACAAUUCUCAGGGACAGAGGUUCAUUUGAGGAUUCGACAACCAGGUUUUACACGGCAUGCGUAGUCGAAGCUUUUGCAUAUUUGCAUUCCAAAGGAAUAAUUUAUAGGGACCUCAAGCCAGAAAACCUCAUUCUGGAUCAUCGAGGUUAUGCCAAACUGGUUGAUUUUGGCUUUGCAAAGAAAAUAGGAUUUGGAAAGAAAACAUGGACUUUUUGUGGAACUCCAGAGUACGUAGCCCCCGAGAUCAUCCUGAACAAAGGUCACGACAUUUCAGCAGACUACUGGUCACUGGGAAUCCUAAUGUAUGAACUCCUGACUGGCAGUCCCCCUUUCUCAGGCCCAGACCCCAUGAAGACUUAUAAUAUCAUAUUAAGGGGAAUUGACAUGAUUGAAUUUCCAAAGAAGAUUGCCAAAAAUGCUGCUAAUUUAAUUAAAAAACUAUGCAGAGACAAUCCAUCAGAAAGAUUAGGGAACUUGAAAAACGGAGUGAAAGAUAUCCAAAAGCACAAAUGGUUUGAAGGCUUUAACUGGGAAGGGUUACGAAAAGGGACACUGACACCUCCUAUAAUACCAAGUGUUGCAUCUCCAACAGACACAAGCAAUUUUGACAGCUUCCCUGAGGACAAUGAUGAACCACCCCCUGACGACAACUCAGGAUGGGACAUAGAUUUUUAAUGUAUUUCUCUUACCUGCUUCUGCCUUGCUGAAGACAGAUUCCUGGGACAUGGCUGCCAGCGAAACCGAAAGAACUGGGAAGGAUUCGUGCUCGGGGUCACCAUGAUGCCUUGAUUGAUGCUGCUACAGUAACUACAGUGGCAUUAGGACUUAUUGCUUAGAUGACAAUAGUGCUCUUCAUGUUUUAUGUUCAAACUUAAUAUAGCAGUUGACAUGGUGGUCCUGACGCAAAGCCUUUCACCAGUAAAGAAACAUGUUUUCUAUCACUGCAAUGAUCUUGCUACGCUCUAAUUACAAAAGUCGAAAGAUACGUAGUGUAAGACACACUUCAUUCUAGCUGCAAGGUACUGGCUUUAUCAGUAAGAUCAAUAGUAAUUUAUUAAGUGCUGUAGGUAAAUACAGUACAGGAUCUGGGCUUCUCCCACACUCCAAACUAGGUAGGAACUGGCCAACUUCGGCUGUUGGCCAGUGUAGGAACAAAGGAGGACAGCAACGGUACUGGUCAAAGAGUUCAUGUCAAAGCAGUGGUAAAAUUUGUCCAUUUUCUUUCCAAGCAGUGUUCAUGACAAGAAUGAAUGUUACUUUUCCUCUUUCUUUUGGAGAAUUUUUAUUUAAUCUAGUAAAACAAAAGCACAACUGCUCUAGAUCCUGUUAAGGCAGAUAUGGGUCGCUUCUCUCAUACAGCUGAGAACAUAACGUAACAUGACGUUUGCAUUUUUUCCUUUCCUUUGGUACAAAAACAUAAAUGCAUGGAAAGAAAUCAUAAAAUUACCCAUUUUACCUAUAAAAUAGUGCUUAAAUAAUGGUACUAUAAUAAAGCGACAGCAGCCAACUGGUCUUAUUAAUUAGCUAUUAGGCUUAAAACUAAGCUUAACUUUUACAUUUUUAGAACCCAAAGGGAAAAUAUAAGACCCGUAAUGUACUUUAUAGGUGCUAUGUACAUCCUUCAUCUGUGAAUAUACCUAUUCAGUCAACCACCAUUUCAGAAAUAUGUAGCAAGAGGUAUUGUGCCCCAUCAUGCUCUUAGAACAGAUGAGUUUACAUCUCCGUGUCUGCAUCUCUUCCAUGUUUAUUACAAAGCUAAUUAAAACAAUAUAAAAUGUAAUGGAGGGCCAGUUUGCUGGCUCUUUUUUUUUAAUAUUGCCCAUAAAAAUGUAAUUCUAAUGUCUCACCAAACUAAGUCGGAAGGAGCUCCACAGAAAAGUCAGUGGAAUUUAGCGGAAAUCUGAUAUUUCGUGUGGGUUUGUUUUGUAAGAGUUACCGGUCUACAUUUCGCCAGCGUACCAAGAUCCCAGUGACGACAUUUAAGGCACGGGGAUGGCCAGAGCUGGGUCAGCUUGUAUGAAAAAAAAAGCCAGGGAAAAGGAUGUUGGUGCAUGUAUGCUUUCCUUCCCCUGACUUCCACUGCUUUUCCUUUGCUCUAGUGAAGUCUCUUCUGGUUUAUACAGACGUAAGAAGGCAAUACUGUCCUGUAUGCCUACUCAUUGGAUUGUACACGGGUCUAGAAGUUUAUCCCAUCGUACCAACAAGAAACGUCAGCUUUCUUACAGACCCUGCCCCCAAAUUAGCAAAUGCUGCCCCAUUUCAUCUCAGAGUUGUCAAGAAUGGUUACAUAUCCUGGAAGUCAAAAGAUCAACUUCUGCUGACCAUUUUUGCAUAGUGUGCAGAAAACAUAUACUUUAACUGUAAAAAAAUAUUUCUCCAGUGCUAAAUCUUUUCUGUGUUCCUAAUGGAAGUGACUUCCAUAGUCUUAAUAGAACAUACGAAAAAGAUGUUUCCUCCACUUCUUUGACAGCAUCAACAAUGUCUGCUGCUUGCCAGCAACCUAAAGAGCUUGGUCACCACAAACCCCUUCAAACCCAGUCCAUUCUGCUGAAUUUUCUCCAUAGUUAUGCAGAAGGGCAAGGGAACGUCAUCCGCACAAUAACAUCAGGUUAUUUCUGCUGCUCAUCCGUCCCAUGCAGCAUCGUAUUAAAAUUUGUUUGCCUUGAGAACCGUAGGGAAAAGACAGUAACUAUGCCUACCAGGAAUCACUCAUGUAGAGCAAAUAAUGAGUUUUCAAUCCAAAGGACUGAAAGCAAACACUGAACACUAGGGCUAAAACAGUCACCAGUCAUCGGAGCAAACAAGCAGUCGCGCUUGCUGCGUGAAGGCUCAGUUCGUUAUUCACGUCCCCCCGUUUUUUCACUCGAUGCUGUGGCUACCUUGGAGGACAAAAAUUGUUACAUUUGUUGACUUUCUACAGAAGUACAUACAGAGGAGUUUGUCUCAAUACAGUCACAGCGAGUAGCUGAGAUUCAGCUGUCUGUCAAGCAAAGGGUUGCCAGGAGCAUCACAACCCCUUGGGGGCAACCCAGAAGUGUUAUGGGAAGAAUGUUUUAAAAUGGGCUGAUGAGUUAUUUUCUUUCUUCCUAUCCAUUUUUCCUUGUGCCAUGCACCGCAAGACCUGCAUCGUGUGGCAUGCACUGUACUGAAUAUAAAUUUGUUUUGGUAUCAAACACCUCACUUGACUUCCAUCACUUUUACUAAGCAUCCUUUAAACGACAUACUUAGCAUAUGUAUAUUAUAAACACCUUCAUUUAUAAGUAAUAUAUUUGAGUUGCAUAAUAUAUAUAUAUAUUCACAAUUGAUUGCCUCUGUGUUUCCACUUACUGUCUUUUCUUUGUCUCCUUUUUUAAUAUAUGGGACAACGGUGUAUUUACGCAAGGGGAAAUCAGCUGCCGUAUUUAAAACAAGCGUAUUAGGAUUGGUGUCAUAAGAUACAGAAGAUCUGUAGCAUCUUACAGUGCUGCAUUAUCCAUAGCAAACUCUUAUUUAACAACAGGACCACAAGCAAAUAUUUAUGUAAAUAGAUAUUUUCGUGUUGAUAUUUUGUGGUACACAUAAAACUUUUUAUUUAGAGUUCCAUGGCAUUAUUACUUCAUUUUCUUAUUUGUAAUGUAAUGUUUUUAGAUCGAAGUAGACUUGAAUUAAUGUCAUAAUUGUCAGUAUUAUUAAACUUUAUGUCGACUGUACUGUUACUCAUCCGUCCCAUAGGUUUAGAACAUGACUAGCUAUCUGGCAUUGUUGCAAGUGCCUUAAAUCCAUGGCAUCCUAUAAAAAAAGACAAAUUUGGUGUUAUGCUGCAUGACAAAGACAAACACACCUCAAAAUGUUGUCCUUUCUUAGCUUGCUGCGUUUUACAGUUCUUUCUGCUAACAAUUUAUAAGCCUUUAUUAUAUAAUAUUGAUGAAUUACAGAAAUGAUGAAGUCGUUCUCUUAUUUCUGUUAAAUGUACCAGAGCUGUGUAUCUGUUAAUGAGAUACAGAGUCAUUUCUGUGAAAUGUAUAAAUGUAUGUGCGGGUCAAAUUAAUAUAUGACAUCCUAUCAGUCUGUAUACAGGUAUUCCUGUUUCGCUAAGCUGUGCAGAUCCAGCCCAUAGUGCAGUCCGGCUCCAGCGUACCGUCUUUUAUAAAACCCACGACAAACGUUCUGCCCCGAAAAGCGAUGAGCGGCUAAAGGUGAAUUGCCACCAUGCGCAACUCACACCUCUGAGGCGAGACCGGGUGCCCCCCAAGAAACGCCACAGUAGCUCAUUUGAGCCCCUCGACCAAGCAGGAUCUGUGCUUUCUGCCAUCCUCGCGUGCAGCCCAUCGCAGAGGCGAGGCCCUGGCGCUGCUGCACAGCCGGCCUGGGAGCGAUGCCAUUUCUCUGAGCCGCCGGGCAUCAUGCCGGGACUCGGCCAGCCCCAGGCUCUAUGGGCAAAAGAGAAAUUUCACGUGGAGUUGCCUGUCGUCCUGAGUCCGAUUUACGCUGUUUUUACACUGGUCCUUUAUUUUUUGUAAUCUGAUUUCUCCAGUUUUCUUCUUACAAUGGAUUCUACAUAAAAGAGUUUUCUUGUUUGUCAGAAAAUUGUCUGUCAUCCGAUGGUCGUCGACCAGUUGCACUCUUUUGAUGUAGAUUUAAGAACUUUUUUUCAUGAACUUAACUGCUUUUGUUUUGCUCUGUAUUUUCCCUGCAGCUGUAAUUGCCGAGUGCCUGUUGUAUACUUUAUAGAGUUGAAAUAAAAAUAAUUACUUUUGA